AUGACAACCUUUCUCGAAAAUGCCUACAGCCUGGUGCACCAGGAUAACACCGCCGAUAUCCCCUCCGUCUCCGACCUGCGGAUGCAGCUGGAGAAGGGAACUGACGAGACCAAGGUGGAAACCAUGAAGCGGAUUCUCACAAUCAUGCUCAAUGGCGACCCCAUGCCCUCCCUCCUUAUGCACAUCAUUCGAUUCGUCAUGCCAUCCAAGUCCAAGCCGCUCAAGAAGCUUCUCUACUUUUACUACGAGAUAUGUCCCAAGCUUGAUUCUAGCGGCAAGCUUAAGCAGGAAAUGAUCUUAGUCUGCAAUGGCAUCCGCAAUGACCUCCAACAUCCCAAUGAGUACAUUCGUGGAAACACACUCCGUUUCCUCUGCAAGCUUCGAGAACCCGAGCUCAUCGAACCCCUGCUGUCCUCGGCCCGCGCCUGCCUUGAGCACCGCCAUGCCUACGUCCGGAAGAACGCCGUGUUCGCCGUGUCGUCCAUUUUCCAGCACUCCCCCUCGCUUAUCCCUGACGCUUCCGAUCUCAUCUCGACUUUCCUCGAAGGAGAGAGCGACGCAACCUGCAAGCGCAAUGCUUUCGCUGCUCUUGCUAGCAUAGACCAUGACCGAGCGCUUGCCUACCUUAGCCAAGUUUUUGACGGCAUACCUAACGCGGAGGAGCUUUUGCAGCUUGUUGAGAUUGAAUUUAUCCGCAAAGAUGCAGUUCAGAACGCCCAGAACAAGGCCCGGUAUCUUAGACUCAUCUUCGACUUACUCGAGGCCGGUGCCUCGACCGUUGUCUACGAGGCCGCUUCAUCCCUAACGGCGCUUACAAACAACCCCGUUGCCGUCAAGGCUGCCGCCGCCAAGUUUAUUGAGCUUAGCAUCAAGGAGCCCGAUAAUAAUGUUAAGCUGAUCGUCCUCGACCGGGUGGACCAAUUGAGGAGGAAGAACGAAGGCGUCCUCGAUGAUCUUGUUAUGGAUAUUCUCCGAGCCCUUUCUAGCCCCGAUAUCGAUGUCCGCCGAAAAGCAUUGACACUUGCUUUGGAAAUGGUCUCGAGCAAGAACGUGGAAGAAGUUGUCUUGCUCCUCAAGAAGGAGCUUUCCAAGACUGUGGACCAGGAGUACGAGAAGAACUCGGAGUAUCGCCAGCUCCUCAUCCAUUCCAUACAUCAGUGUGCCAUCAAGUUCUCCGAGGUCGCAGCCAGCGUUGUCGAUCUUCUUAUGGACUUCAUUGCCGACUUCAACAAUGCCUCUGCUGUUGAUGUUAUCAGCUUCGUCAAGGAGGUAGUCGAGAAGUUCCCCAACCUGCGGGCGUCCAUCCUCCCCAGGCUGGCCGGUACUCUUGGUGAGGUUCGAGCUGGCAAGGUCUAUAGGGGUAUUCUCUGGAUCAUCGGCGAAUACUCCGCCGAGGAGAAGGACAUCCGUGAUGCAUGGAAGCGAAUCCGGGCUAGUCUCGGUGAAAUCCCCAUCCUCGCUUCUGAGCAGCGCCUCCUCGACAACGUCGAUGCCGAAGAGAAGAAGGACGACGACCAGGUGAACGGUCAUUCCAAGCCGGCAGCGCCCAGCGGUUCUCGACGAGUGCUAGCGGAUGGCACAUACGCUACGGAGACCGCUCUGACGAGUCAGUCCUCGGCAGCGGCCAAGUUGGAAGCUGUCAAGGCGGCGCAGAAGCCCCCUCUUCGACAACUCAUCCUCGAUGGCGACUACUACCUCGCUACCGUGCUCUCUUCUACCCUUGUCAAGCUUGUGAUGAGGCAUUCCGAGAUCUCGUCGGAGCCUGCGCGGACCAACGCCCUCCGAGCUGAAGCUAUGCUUAUCAUGAUCUCCAUUGUCCGUGUUGGCCAAUCGCAGUUUGUCAAGGCCCCCAUCGACGAGGACUCUGUCGAUCGGAUAAUGUCUUGCGUCCGCUCCCUCUCCGAGUUCACGACCCACAAGGAGCUUGAGACCGUUUUCCUCGACGAUACCCGAAAGGCCUUCCGCGCUAUGGUCCAGGUAGAAGAGAAGAAGCGUGCGGCCAAGGACGCUGCCGAGAGGGCCAAGACUGCCGUUCAGGUCGACGACGUAUUCCAGAUUCGGCAGCUUGCGAAGAAGAAUGCUGAUGCGGGGCUGGAGCUUAUGGAUGUUGAUCUUGAGCGGGCCACUGGCGGCGAGUCCGUGACGGAGGACCUCUCUUCGAAGCUCAGCCGUGUCGUGCAGCUCACCGGAUUCUCGGACCCUGUCUACGCCGAGGCUUACGUCAAGGUCCACCAAUUCGAUAUCGUGCUCGACGUGCUCCUCGUCAACCAAACUACCGAGACUCUCCAGAACCUUGCCGUCGAGUUCGCGACGCUCGGCGAUCUCAAGGUCGUCGAGAGGCCGACCACGCAGAACCUGGGACCCCACGACUUCCAUAACGUCCAGUGCACCAUCAAGGUGUCGUCGACGGAUACCGGAGUUAUUUUCGGCAACGUAGUCUAUGAGGGUGCCCACUCUACGGACACGAACGUUGUUAUUCUUAACGAUCUCCAUGUCGAUAUCAUGGACUACAUUCAGCCCGCGACGUGCACGGAGACGCAGUUCCGCACGAUGUGGAAUGAGUUUGAAUGGGAGAACAAGGUCAAUAUCAAGUCCAAGUGCAAGUCGCUCCGCGAGUUCCUUGAGCAACUCAUGGCUUGUACCAAUAUGAACUGCCUUACUCCCGAGGCUAGCAUGAAGGGCGAUUGCCAAUUCUUGAGCGCCAAUCUCUACGCUCGUAGUGUGUUUGGUGAGGAUGCGCUAGCGAACUUGAGCAUCGAGCAAGAAGGCGAAGAUGGACUCAUUACCGGAUUUGUCAGGAUAAGAAGCAGGUCGCAAGGGCUGGCAUUGAGUCUGGGCUCGUUAAAGGGUUUGAACAAGAUUGGAAGCGCAGCUUAA